AUGUUCAUUUCAUCCAUUUGCGGGGACCACUCGCUGCAGAAGUCGCGGAUUGAGCUGAAGAGCAACACUCGUGGAGGCGGAGUCGGAGGCGGGGCACACGACCUGCUGCUCUUCGGGCACGACGAGGCGGCGGCGGCUGUGGCGGCGGCGGCGGCGGGGGGGGCAGAAACGCGCAGGGAGGAGGGUGCAGUCGGCGGACGUGGAAGCGGCGGCGGCGGCGGGGGGAAGCGCAGCCGGCACGGUGAUGGCGAUGAUGUUCGUGACGGCGGCGGCGAAGGUGGCGACCGGCGCCGUCAGCGCCAUCAUGUUGAAGGACGCCACGGCGGCGGAGGCGGAGGCGGAGGCCGAAGCCUCCGGGACGCAGAGGCGGGUCGUAGGGCGGUCCCUGCAGAUCUGGAUCUGGAUCGAGGGCGACCUCGGGAUGGCGGCGGUCGAUGGGAUCGUAAUGGCACUGGCAGGGAGGCAGCUGCACCGGCGGCGGCGGCGGCUGCAGGCCCUCGCGGGCACAGUUCUUGGGAUCGGGGUCGGGAGGGGGGUGAGUCACCAGGGGGUUGGGAACGAGAACGAGAACGGGACCGGGCGCGCCGCGGAGAUCGCGACCGCGAGGCUCGUCAGAACUACGAAAAUGGUGACGAUGAGGAUGAGGAUGAUAAUGACCCACGGGUCGCUUUGGACCGCCGCGACAGGGGAGUGCGAGAUCGGGAAGGGCGGGAGGGGCGGGACAGGUUUGACCGCCAUGUGCUGCACGGGGAGCGGGACCGGGACCGGGACCGGGAUGACGGGCGGGAGAGGGAGAAGGAGGGGGGUAGGGGUAGGGGUAUGGAAAGAGACCGAGAACGGGACUACCCCCGUGAUCGGGGGGAGGAGGACCGUGCGCGGGACCGGCAGGAGAGGCGGAAUCAUCGGGAUAUGAGGGAUGGUCGGGAUCGGCGGGGGGGCGGCGGAGACGGGGAAAGCGGUGGCUAUGGUCGGGGGGAGGGGAGGGAGAGGGAGCGGGGUAGAGAUCGGGGGGUUAGGGAGCGGGACCAAAGCCGGGAGCGGCGCUGA